CCAAAUCUCCGCACGCUGCAUCAGCUCUUUGUCGCCGUCCAAGCCAACGCUUCCGAUAAUUGGCAUGAAUAUUAUCGCAUAGACCCUCAAGAGCAUCGCAUCGCAUGUCGUUGGGAUCGCGCAGCAGAUGUCGACGACGAUAGAAGUGCCUGCAGCCGCCCAUCACAAUCCCCAACCGCUCCCCCUCUCGUCACACUCGCACGCCAUGCAGCCUUCACAUUCGCAGCCUGGGCCACCCAUGUCCUCCUUUGAUGGAAGGCCGUCAUCAUUCUCGUCGCAACCCGCGUCAUACAGCCAGCCAGUCAUCUAUCAACAGGCGUCGCAAAGCUUCCCGGCCAGCUACCGGCCGAUAAAUGGCCAUGCUGCGCCAACUCUUAUGGACCCGUCGCAAAUCUAUACCGCUGUUUACUCAGGUGUGCAAGUGUACGAAAUGGAGGUCAAUGGCAUUGCCGUGAUGCGAAGGAGGUCUGAUUCAUGGCUCAACGCUACCCAAAUAUUAAAAGUCGCCGGUGUCGACAAAGGCAAGCGCACAAAGGUUCUGGAGAAAGAAAUUUUGAGCGGCGAACACGAGAAGGUCCAAGGCGGCUAUGGCAAGUACCAAGGGACUUGGAUCAACUACCGGCGUGGCCGAGAAUUCUGUAGACAAUAUGGUGUCGAGGAGCUUUUGCGGCCGCUCCUGGACUAUGACAUGAGCUCCGACGGCAGUGGUCAACCAGGCCAGGGCAUUGAAACGCCUACAAAGGAACAAGCGAUGGCAGCGAACAGAAAGCGCUUCUACACACAGACAGUUGAUGGGCGACAGAGUGUCGGGAGCGCCGGCACGUUCUUUCAAAAUAUUUCGUCCACUGCUUCAAAUGCACUUGCCGCCAUGAACAAAGCUGCUCGCUACAAUUCCCCUGCGCCACGUCCAGGAAGCGCUACCCAUGGCCGACCCAGUCAUAUGCCACCGAGAAAUUCACAGCAAUCAAUUUUAGGUAGCCAGGAGUCUUUCCGGUCAAAUAGCCAGCAAAGCGCACCCGGACUUGGGCGGGAACCCAGCUUUGGCGCGAUGUCAGACUCAGCGUAUGUGACACAAAAUAUCCACUCGGGAGAAACCGACAGCCAGGAGCCGCCCAGAAAGCGUAUGAAGCCCAUGAGUCCCGAGAAAUCAUUUUCGCAACGCAACGGUGCACUGGAUACGGUCACCCGCGAGGGAACGCCAACAGAGGCUGGUGAGUCUUUCAUUUAUCAACAAGCAGCUAGUCAAGGACCUAUUCCUGACGGAGAGAUAACUUCGGCGCUCCCUCCUUUGCCGCAUCCUGGUGAUCAAGCGUCCGAGAGUAAGCAAGCCUUAAUUUUGGAUCUGUUCACCGAUAGCAGUACGACGGACUUCAGUAAUCACCCAGCCAUAAAGCAGUUGUCGGGCGCUGACUUGGAUUUGCCCCUUGACCAAUCUGCGAACACUGCGCUCCACUGGGCAGCAACAUUGGCAAGAGUGCCCCUCAUGCGUUUGCUAAUAUCAAGAGGUGCAAGCAUAUUUCGAGGCAAUAUCGCCGGAGAGACGCCGCUCAUGGCUGCGGUGCAAGUCAACAAUAACCUGGAUCACAGCUCCUUUCCGGAACUGCUCGAAAUACUUGCACCACUCAUCGAAGUCCGUGAUGCAAAGGGCCGCACAAUUUUGCAUCAUAUUGCCGUGGCUUGUGGCAUCAAAGGUCGAGCUGCGUCAUCUAAGUAUUACCUUGAAGCCCUACUUGAAUUUCUCGUCCGCAAUAACCCAUCUGCCAUUCAAGCUGCAGCGGAUCCAUCAAGCGGUAUGCCGAAAACAAUCGGACUCAUGCGAUUUAUGAGUGAAAUGGUCAAUGCCCGAGACAUAUCUGGUAAUACUGCACUUAAUCUCGUUUCACGCAUAGGUAAUCGUAGUAUCAUCCAGCAGCUCCUCGAAGUACAGGCCGAUCCAACUAUCCCAAAUUACAAAGGUCUUCGGCCAAUUGAUUUCGGCGUCACGGGUGACGGCGAAAUCACUUCAAGUCAGUUGGGCAGUCAGCCCAUCGUAGAGAGUCCUGGAAAAGCUCGCAAUAGCAAGAUUGAUGAAAUCAGUCGCGAAAUCAUGCCCUCUCUCACGUCUUCAAUCCAGGAAGCACAUUCGCAGUUCUCAGCAGAGCUGCGUAUCAUUCAAGACCGCAUCGACGCGCACACGGCCAGCGUGCGUGAGAUCUCUAACCAGCAGAAGCAGCUUUCUGCCGAAAUUGAGCGUAUCCAGGCAAAAAAGCGGCAACGCGAGGAGCGCCGCCAAAAGAUCGAGAACUUACGCCGCGCUGUCAGCGAGAUGCGUGAGCGCAGCAAGCAAAACGCUCAAUUGGUUGGCGACAUCAAGCUUGGUGAUGCCGAUAAAGAGUUUGGCGGCGACGAUCCGACAGACGGUGCCGGUGCCGGUCCGCAGACGUUGAUGGCGCGGUGUGCGGCCUACAGUGCCCUCAAUCAACGGCUAAAUCAGCACCUACAGCAGCUCAGGGCACGUGAUAGCGAGCUAGAGGCGAAGUAUCGGCGGGUAAUCGCGCUAUGCACUGGCGUGCCUGAAGACAGCGUUGACGGUGUGUUGCAGCAGUUGGUGCAGGCAGUAGAGAGCGAAGGGGAUCCAUCGAGUAAUGGCAACGACGUAGGAAGGGUGAGGGAAUUCUUAAGAAGAGUGGAGAUGGUGAUAUGAUCUAUUUCUGCUUGGGCGCCGCAUGGAUCUGGGCGUUUGCUUGUUCGCAUUGCAAAGCCUGAAAUUAGGACAGCAUGAUGACGAUGACGACUCUUUGCAUUCUUUCAUGUGCAUCUCUGAGUUGUAAAGCUUUGUAGGUGACUAUCGAAUGCUCUCUUCGGAUGUAAAAAUGAGGCAUGUGUGGUAUAGUCGACGCCAAUGUGUAUACUCAAUCUGAAAGAAACACUUAUUUGUAGGAAAAAUGGCUCGUUUACACGCGCGCAUCACAUGUG